UAUCGGCGAAGAAGAAGAAGAAGCUGAAACCGGAAGCGGCUCUCUUGUGUCCUUGUGUGAGAGGCGACUGUAGACGGACUGUAAAGAUGAACAGAAGCAUAUUUGCUCUCCAGCAGGUGGCGCGGCGGACCCUCUCCAGCUCCGUCCGCCGGCAGGUCGACAACAAAGUGCCGCAGAAUCAGAAGAUGUUUCAGGAGGACAACGGGCUGCCCAUUCAUCUGAAAGGAGGCAGCGGAGACGCCGUCCUGUACAGAUUCACGAUGGCUCUCACCCUCCUGGGAGUCGGGUUUGUUGUGUACGAGCUGGUGAAGGCGGCGUUCCCUCAGAAGAAAGGUUAACUCCUCCCCCUCAGAUGUUUACAUUUCAACAUGAAUAUCUAUAUUCUGUAAAAAAAAGAUCAGAUAGCCCUCCGCCUGUGUGUUUCCUGUCAUGAUGGGAUAUUGUUUCACGUUCAUGGGAUCAAUAUUUAUUUCUUGCUGAUGACCUGAGGAUCAAUAAUAAUAAAGAUUACCUCUCAUGA